UCCUUCUCUGUUCCGCUUUAAGAAGCAAAGCACGGCAGUCCUGAAGUCGACGAUGAAGAAACCGAAAUCUAGUCGCUCGCGCAAGCAAACGCGCUUGUCAGAGGCAGAAGAAAUCGAGUUCCUGAACAACUGGAUCGAAUCCCAAAAACCCGACUCGGGAUCCAAUCCCAUGGCUCUGCUUCCACCGCCGCGAAACGGUGAGGGAACUUCCUUCCCGCGGUACGCGGGGUCAAUUUGGUUUCAUAGGCUUCCGCUCUCGAAGAAAACCAAGGAUGGAUUGAGGCGCGGCGGAUUCGUUUCGAUGGAAGACGUGCAGAGAGCCUCACUCCCUCACGCGCUCUGUGGCAGGGACAUUCUCGGUGCUGCCCAAACUGGGUCUGGCAAGACCCUCGCUUUCAUUAUACCGGUUUUGGAGAAGUUGUACCGAGAGAGAUGGGGUCCGGAGGAUGGGGUGGGGUGCAUUAUACUGUCCCCCUUGAGGGAGUUAGCUGCUCAGCUUUUUGAUGUACUGAAAGCUGUUGGGAGGUUCCACAAUUUUAGUGCUGGGCUCCUAAUUGGUGGUCGUGGUGAGAAGUUUAUUGACGCAGAGAAGGAGCAUGUGAAUGAACUGAACAUAUUGGUUUGCACUCCCGGACGGCUUUUGCAGCAUAUGGAUGAAACGGAAAAUUUUGAUUGCUCCAACCUUCAGGUGUUAGUCCUUGAUGAGGCAGACCGUAUUCUUGAUAAAGGCUUCGAGAAAACGGUAAAUGCAAUUAUUUCACAGCUUCCAAAGAAAAGACAGACCUUGCUUUUCUCUGCAACUCAAACAAAAUCGGUUAAAGAUCUUGCGAGGCUUAGCUUGAAGGACCCAGAAUAUCUCAGCGUUCAUGAGGAAUCUGCGACCGCCACUCCCUCUCAGUUGAAGCAGACUGCAAUGAUCGUUCCCCUUGACAAAAAAUUAGACAUGCUAUGGAGCUUUAUAAAGGCCCAUGCUCAAUCGAAGAUUCUUGUAUUUCUUUCAAGCUGCAAACAGGUUAAGUUUGUCUUUGAAGCAUUCAAAAAACUACGGCCUGGGGUACCAUUGAAGUGUCUUCAUGGAAGGAUGAGUCAGGAGAGAAGGAUGGGAAUAUAUUCUCAGUUUUGUGAGCAGCAUUCUGUUCUCUUCUCAACUGACGUGGUCUCUAGAGGUCUUGAUUUUAACAAGGCCAUUGAUUGGGUUGUCCAGAUGGACUGCCCAGAAGAUGUUGAAGCAUACAUACAUAGAGUUGGUCGUACUGCUCGCCGUAAUGCUGAGGGGAAGUCAGUUUUGUUUUUGAUGCCUUCAGAAAAGAAAAUGCUUGAAAAAUUAGAAGCAGCAAAAAUACCCAUUCGUCUAACUAAGGCCAAUACAAAGCGACUGCAACCAGUUUCUGGUUUGUUGGCAGCUUUACUAGUCAAGCAUAAAGAUAUGCAGCCUUUGGCUCAAAGGGCUUUCAUCACAUAUUUGCGGUCUAUACACAUUCAGAAAGAUAAAGAGAUAUUUGAUCUAACACAGCUUCCUAUUGAUGAGUUCUCUGCUUCAUUGGGUCUCCCUAUGACCCCCAAAGUUCGGUUUUUGGACCGGAAAAUGAAAAGCAAGGAAUUAUCGGGAAAAUCAUCUCUUCUUGAAUUAGAGAAUUCUCACAAGGAGCACAUUUCACAGAUUCCUCGAGAGGAGUUGCCUAUUGAUGACUUCACAGAAGAAAAGUUGGACAUGGAUUUCCUUCUCUCGAAAGACACCCAGAAUGAGGUCGAAGGAAAAGCAAAUGAAACAGGAAAUUACAUGCCAGCAACUCGGGUUUUGAAGAAGAAGAAGUUGAAGAUCAAUGUUCAUAGACCAGUGGGGACUAGGGUAAUCUUUGAUGAGGAAGGCAAUACACUUCCUCCGCUUGCUAGGGUUGCUGAUACAAAAGCUGUCAAUGAUUCAUCUAUGCUGGACCUAGAUAAGAAACAAGAGUAUUAUGAGAAGAUGAAGGAAGAAUUGAAGCAGGUGGACAAAGAAGACAAGCUUGUGUACCGUAAACGACAAAGAGAUAAAAAAAUUAAGGAGAAGAUGAAGUUGAGGAAAGGGAUUGCAGAGGAAGAGGAAGAUGGAGAGAAUGACAAUGACCUCUCUGGGUCAGAAGAAGGAGGAACUGUCGGCAGAAGACAGAAGAAACCAAAGAAAUAUUUUGAUAGUGACAGUGAAGAUGGCCAUGAAGAAAACAAGAAGCAAAUGGGUAUCGAUGCCCCUUCCAUCUCCUUGAAACAGCAAGAAGAAUUGGCUCUCAAGUUAUUAAGUUCCAUGCACUCAUAAAUCCUGCCAUGUAAAAUAUGACUGGCUCUUUGUUUUGAGCUUGUUUUGUAACCUACAAUAUCAUGUUGCUGUAGCCUAAUUGUUGAAGCUAAAUCAAUCAGUUUGAGUGGCAUAUUGAUUGUUGACUGGAUAUUGUCAUCUCAUUUCAGUUAUCUUUGACUGGUAUAUUAACCCAUUGACGAAA